CAGAAAAAUGAGCGUACGUACGUACAACUCGAGCUCGUCGGUGAAGUGAAGUCUAUCGUCGUCGUCGCGGCGGAAUCUCCUCGCGUAAUAAAGAGUGUACUGCACUAUGCUAUAAUGGUCUAAUGUCAUUGUCGAAACGCGAUUCAGUGAUACAUACUUUAAUUCCGACAUUCGCGGUAUCUUUUCCGCGCUGGAAAGCCCCUUGCUUGUGGAAGAGGACCUCCUCCGUUGAAGGUCCUUGAAAAAUUCGUGGGCACAGCAGUUGGCGACGAUCCGCAGAAAGAUCGUUCAAUUUGGUGUCCGUCGGUAGAAGAAAAAAAAAGUUAAUCUAUCGCCUGGCGCAAUACACUGGUGCAGCAAAAAAUAGUGGUGUUGUACACUGAAGUGAAAAGCAAGACUUCCCUGCCCUACUAUACUGGUGGUCGGAACGGGAGAAGAGUACCGAUGGAAAGCGUUUUUUUUUCCCUAGAGGUGGAAAAUUGGUGUCAAAUGCGAGUAGUACCGGAAUGAAGGUCUUCCGAUGAAAGAUGAAAUUGUAAUUCAGGUUGAUAUGUGACACGGAAAGCUCAUGGAUGGUAGUGCUUAGUGUUCAGAGAUCUAGGGAUUUUUUGUGCUGGGUACAGAGGGAGGGAGGGAUACAGAAAUUGGAGCUCAGCAAUUUUCAUCGAUCAAAGUCAGCGAAGUUUUUGGUUUAUAGAGAAUUGGCAGGACUCGGAUCGAAUUUCAUGGAUACGCACAUCGAAUUGAACGGCUUCUUGUUUCCCUCGGAAGUGUGCUAGUGGUAACAUUAACUAUCCAGCCCAACACGAACUUGUUCAGAUUCUGCCGUGGAAUUCGGCGAAAUGGCCUUUAAAUCGGGCACCUAAGCGGAUAUUCAUCCCCCUGACGGUGGUGGUGCUACACCAUGGUCUUGAGACAAAGCUUCGACGAUCUCACCCUGUGGACAAAUCCCGUAGUGUAUGAAGAUAAAUCGAGUGUUGUUGGAAUAGAUCAGAAGUGCUUAAACUUUGUGGGACAGAAUCAAACAUUAACUAACGGCAGUGAUAGUUGCAGUGAGCGAAGAUCUGCACAGCACGACCUUCCAGGACGGCAUCGUUCAAACUAUGCUGAAGCCAAUCAAAACUCUCCUGACCUAUUUGCAGAAGAAUGCUAAUAGUUCGACAAUUUUUGGGUUAACAACCAACGGAAUGGCUCCUAUGGGUCCUAACGAGGAACCACCGACGAUGGAAGCAACGCACGACAUGAUGACUUCGGAGGAGCUAAACUGCGAGGAUCCCCUGUACGAUCCGCUCGCCCUGGACGAAUGUGAUAACGACGUGCUGAAUGUGAGCAAUGCCAGUGCUGUGACGACUGGAACGGCCAACAGCGAGCUGGACAGUUCGACCGGUCAGAUCAUCCUGGUUGAUAUGACAAAUCUAAAGAGCCCCGCCGCCCGGCAGGACGAUGAAGAUGAUGGCGGUGGCGCUGGUGAUGUAAUAUGCAGUGCUGAAGGGCUUGAACCUGUGAAUUCUAGUGUUAAUGGACACGAUGAGAGUGCGUUAUCGCUGGAAAAUGGGGAUCACGAUGAGACCAAGUCUACUAGCCUGGAGGACGAAAGCUUCACGACGGCUUCCUGUGGCGACACUCCGAAUGUGUCGAUCAUUGGUCAGAGUGCUGAAAUGGUGGAUGGAGAAUCGGAAGCGUUUGCCGAUGUAAGGCAUGUGAAUGGGGGAGUGGUAGGGGUGACGGAAUCGGCAACGGAAGUGACCGACGGUAGUGCCGUCGUUGUGGUAACUCAGGAAAACGAAGAAGAGGAAGCAAGUGAUGGGUCUGAUUCCGGCUUGGGUUCGGAACCAUCGAGGAAUCUAUCGACAUUGGAGAAGGAAAUGACCGAGCUUCCACCGGUGAAAAGUAAUCUCAAGCGGCGUUCGGCGGAGGAAACCACCGGUGCGAGCGCGGAAAAGCGACCAAAGAAGGGCAUUACGUUCGACGGCGUCACGGUGUACUAUUUCACGCGGAUGCAAGGCUUUGGGUGUGUACCGUCACAGGGCGGUUGCACGCUCGGAAUGGAGUUCCAGCACGUACACUCGAAACGCUUCACUCUGGCCGAGCAUGCGGCCGAACAGCGCAAGAUGCACCGGGCCCAGCUGCAGGAACUGAACCCCCGUUCGAGUUCGAGCGAGGAAACCGACAGCGAGGAGGAACCCAGCGAAAGUGGAUCCGAGGCGGAAAGUGAAUCCUAUGGCUUCCUGCAACCGGUCACCACCCGGCAGAGGCGAGCUCUGCUCAAAGCGGCCGGUGUGAGAAAAAUCGAUUCCACGGAGAAGGACGAAUGCCGAGUGAUACGAACCUCGCGGGAAGUGUGCGGCUGUACCUGUCGAGGGUACUGCGAUCCGGAUACGUGCUCCUGCAGUCAGGCGGGUAUCAAAUGUCAGGUGGACAGGCCAAGCUUCCCCUGCGGUUGUACGCAGGAUGGGUGCGCCAAUGUGGUCGGAAGGGUUGAGUUCAAUCCGGCCCGGGUGCGGACACAUUUCAUUCAUACGAUCAUGAGGAUAAAUUUAGAUAACAAAGCGAACAGCGAGGAACACGCUGGCAUGGGAAUGCAUUCGGCGGGCGGUUAUGGUAAUAGUAAGGACUGGUCCAGUGGACCAGUGCGAUUACCCGGGCUGUAUGGUAUGGUGGGAGUCAAUGGUAUCGAUGCCGUCGACAGUUACCACCACCAUCAUCACCACCUUCCAACUACCCACCAGCCGCAUCCAUAUGCAGUAAGUCAUAACUAUUUAGCCAAUCAUUCGGUUUCCCCCGCAGUCCCCGCAGGCACUGAAUCGUUAGAUCUGCACUACGCUUUCCGGGAUUAUUACGGAACUACCCAGCAGGCCAACGAUCAGCUAUCUAUGUCCAGUUCGCUUAUGGCCCCGUACUACGGAAAUUACCCAACGAGCAUGGACCAACAACAGUACCAUCAACCUCACCACUCGAACCUGGUCCUAGAUCAAAGGCAACCUGACCCACAUUCCCCCUAUCAUAGUCAGAUGGAAAGCACCCCCAGCAGCAGUUCGGCAAUCCUGGACGAAGACGCUACGCUUAAUACCCCCAUCAAUCCUAACUUUGGCUGCGACGAACAUAGUUCUUCGGCCGAAACUCAACCCAGUACCUCCAGGACACACGUGGACCUGCAGCAGGAUUCACAAACUUCAUGUUCCUCCAGCGAUCCGGUCCCUCAGCCGACAGAAGAUCCACUGGAUCCCGCUCCGCCGAACCACAGCCCGCCAAGUGCUGACUUCAUCGACCUCAACACCCCCCUUGCCUCGAAUAGCGACCGGUUGGAGGCCAUCAAUGAUCUCCUCGCGAGCAGCCGUCACCAGUUGACCUUAGCCCGGAGGUCCAUCAUCGCCGAAGAAGACGAUGAACUGAGUGACUUCCGGGAUCCUCCGGUAAUGCCCCUGUCCAGUGUGGUCGACAGCUCGGAACCAUGUUCCACCGAAGAUGAUACUCAAGACGAAACAAGCCAACAGCAGCUGCCAAAUGGGGACAGUUCGGAAAAAGAGGAACCACCAGGCAGCUCCAACCCCGCUAGCAGUGGACCGAUUAUCGAAACAAGCGAAAAUUUAAGCGAAAUUAUCAAGAAUAGUAUUGUUGAAACUGUGUCCAAUUAAUUAUAGUAGAAGGUUUUACUCUCUGUGACGUAAUUGCACUUAUUUUGCUACCUCUAUUAGCAAGCCGCAUUCGCUUUCUUUUUUGUUUGUUUCAGCUUUAGUUUAUUUUCAUUUCAAAUUUCUCGUUUAAAAUAUACCCAUUUCUGUUAAAAAAGAUCCCUCCCACAAUGUUAUCUACUGUUUGUUUUAUUCUCUAAUCCUUUGAUUAAUUUUUCUUACGACUAUUGUACGACUUUUGUUAUUCGGUGCGCUCUCAUGACUCGAAUUCUUACAGAAAACCAUUGUAAAAGUAGCAGUAAACCUAUAAAAGCAUAUUCUUCUAGCAAAACAAAACCGGAAAUCGUAUGUAAUUUGUAAUUGUAGCUGUUUUCUUGAGUAGAAAAGUAAAUCCAAACAAAAUUUGCUACAAAAGAGGAGACAAGUUUUUAGAUAAAUUAAAGAUAUUGAAUUUGAGCGAGGUCCGUCGAAAGGCGGAACCGAGCAACACUAAUUUCUUACGGUAGAUUUAAAGUAGCAAGCGAUGCAGUUUACAAACAUACAAGUAAAAAUGUUAAUCGAACAAAGCAAAUACCCAACAGCUGGUAAAAUAAAGUAAAAUAUUUGGAAAAUUAAAGCGAUUGAUUCAGUAGGAAAUUGUAAGUUACAUGAAAAAAAGUAAUGAGAAACAGGCAGAUAAGGCCGUCUUUCACUGUACAUAAGUUACACUUAAUGCUAACCUUAAACAA